CAUGGCCAAAGCGGGCGGUGCAGGUGGCCCUACCCCGGGCGGCGGCGCCCCCUGGCACCUUCGAAAUGUCCUCAGUGACUCCGUGGAGAGCUCGGAUGACGAAUUCUUUGAUGCCAGAGAGGAAAUGGCUGAAGGCAAGAAUGCCAUCCUCCUUGGGAUGAGCCAGUGGAACUCGAACGACCUGGUGGAGCAGAUUGAGACCAUGGGGAAGCUGGACGAGCAUCAAGGAGACGGGCCGGCGCCGUGCACAUCCAGUGUCCUGCAGGAGAAGCAGCGAGAGCUGUACCGGGUUUCCUUGAGAAGGCAGAAGUUCCCAGCCCAGGGCAGCAUCGAGAUCCACGAGGACAGCGAGGAAGGCUGCCCGCAGCGCUCCUGCAGGACCCACGUGCUCCUGCUGGUGCUGCAUGGCGGCAACAUCCUGGACACGGGCGCCGGGGACCCCGCGUGCAAGGCGGCCGACAUCCGCACCUUCGGCUCCGUGCUGGAGAAGGUCACGCGCGCCCACUUCCCCGCGGCCCUGGGCCACAUCCUCAUCAAGCUCGUGCCCUGCCCGGCCAUCUGCUCCGAGGCCUUCUCGCUCGUCUCUAACCUGAACCCCUACAGCCACGACGAGGGCUGCCUCAGCCACAGCCAGGACCAUGUCCCUCUGGCCGCCCUGCCCCUGUUGGCCAUCUCCUCCCCGCAGUACCAGGAUGCUGUCGCCACGGUCAUCGAGCGAGCUAACCAGGUGUACACGGAGUUCCUCAGGUCCGCUGACGGCGUUGGCUUCAGUGGGCAGGUGUGUCUCAUUGGGGACUGUGUGGGUGGCCUCCUGGCCUUCGACGCCAUCUGCUACAGCGCGGGGCCCUCGGGGGACAGCCCCGGCAGCAGCAGCCGUAAGGGGAGCAUCAGCAGCACGCAGGACGCCCUGGGGGCGGUGGACGAGGACUGCAGCCUGGCCGGCAGCAAACGGCGCAGCAAGAGCAACAUUGACCUGUCCAGCGGGGUGGAGGCCGCCGAGCCCAAGAGGCCGCUGCCGCGGAAGCAGAGCGACUCCUCCACCUACGACUGCGAGGCCAUCACCCAGCACCACGCCUUCCUCUCCAGCAUCCACUCCAGUGUGCUGAAAGACGAGGCCGAGCUCCCCGCCACCAGGGGGCCCCCGCUGCCCGAGGUCAGCCUGGGCCGCUUCGACUUCGACGUGUCCGACUUCUUCCUCUUCGGCUCGCCCCUGGGCCUGGUCCUGGCCAUGCGGAGGACGGUGCUGCCCGGGCUGGACGGUUUCCAGGUGCGGCCCGCCUGUAGCCAGGUCUACAGCUUCUUCCACUGCGCAGACCCGUCCGCCUCGCGGCUGGAGCCGCUGCUGGAGCCCAAGUUCCACCUGGUACCCCCCGUCAGUGUGCCCCGCUACCAGAGGUUCCCCCUGGGCGACGGACAGUCCCUCCUCCUCGCUGAUGCCCUGCACACCCACAGCCCCCUCUUCCUGGAGGGCAGCUCCCAGGACGGCCCGCCGCUUCUGGAAGGGCCCGCGUCGCCCCCUCAGGCCCUGAGGUUCCAGCGCCCGGGAAGGCGGCCGAGCGAGGACAGCUCCCAGAGCGACAGCUCCGCGUCCUCCGACAGCCUGGCACCCGUGGGUGCCUCCCGCAUCACGGCCGCGUGGUGGGGCACCAAGAGGAUCGACUACGCGCUGUACUGCCCCGAUGCCCUUACCGCCUUCCCCACGGUGGCCUUGCCACACCUCUUCCACGCCAGCUACUGGGAGUCCACCGACGUGGUGGCCUUCAUCCUGCGCCAGGUGAUGCGCUAUGAGAGCGUGAGUGUCAAGGAGAGCGCUGGUCUGGACCCCGCGGCCCUGAGCCCCGCCAACCCCCGGGAGAAGUGGCUUCGCAGGCGGACCCAGGUCAAGCUACGGAACGUCACUGCCAAUCACCGGGCCAAUGACGUCAUUGCUGCGGAAGACGGCCCCCAGGUCCUGGUGGGGCGGUUCAUGUAUGGGCCUCUGGACAUGGUGGCGCUGACCGGAGAGAAGGUGGACAUCCUGGUGAUGGCAGAGCCGUCCUCGGGCCGCUGGGUACACUUGGACACGGAGAUCACCAACAGCAGUGGCCGCAUCACGUACAGCGUGCCGCGGCCCCGACGCCUGGGGGUCGGAGUGUACCCGGUGAAGAUGGUGGUCAGGGGCGACCAGAGCUGUGCCAUGAGCUACCUCACGGUGCUGCCCCGGGGCAUGGAAUGCGUGGUGUUCAGCAUCGACGGCUCCUUCGCCGCCAGCGUGUCCAUCAUGGGAAGUGACCCCAAGGUGCGGCCAGGGGCAGUGGACGUGGUCCGACACUGGCAGGACCUGGGCUACAUGAUCCUGUACAUCACGGGGCGGCCGGACAUGCAGAAGCAGCGGGUGGUGUCGUGGCUGUCCCAGCACAACUUCCCACAGGGCAUGAUCUUCUUCUCGGACGGGCUGGUGCAUGACCCGCUGCGGCAGAAGGCGCUCUUCCUGCGCAACCUCAUGCAGGAGUGCUUCAUCAAAAUCAGUGCUGCCUAUGGCUCCACAAAGGACAUCUCCGUCUACAGCGUGCUGGGCCUGCCUGCCUCCCAGAUCUUCAUUGUGGGCCGGCCUACCAAGAAGUACCAGACCCAGUGCCAGUUCCUGAGCGAGGGCUACGCUGCGCACCUGGCGGCGCUGGAGGCCGGCCACCGCUCGCGCGCCAAGAAGAGCAGCACGCGGAUGGUACUGCGCAAGGGCAGCUUCGGCCUGCACGCGCAGCCCGAGUUCCUGCGGAAGCGCACGCACCUGCGCCGGACCAUGUCCGUGCAGCAGCCCGACCCGCCCGCCGUCAACCCCAAGCCCGAGCGGGCCCAGAGCCAGCCCGAGUCCGACAAGGACCACGAGCGGCCGCUGCCCGCGCUCAGCUGGGCGCGUGGGCCCCCCAAGUUCGAGUCGGUGCCCUGA